AUGGAUGACUCCCAGAGUGAACACUCCCGGAUGAUGCGCCGCCACAACCGGGAGAAGAAGGAGCUACAGGCUCGCAUCCAGGGCAUGAAAAACUCUGUCCCCAAAAGCGACAAGAAGAAAAGAAAGCAGUUGCUUCUAGACGUGGCCCGCCUCGAGGCCGAGAUGGAGCAGAGGCACCAGCAGGAGUUGGAGAAGUUCCAAGAGAAGUUCCCUGGCAACAGCAACCUCGAUUCUGUCACUGAAGAUCUGGCCAAGAUGGAUCUCGAGAACCAACCUCCCCGAGUUUCGAGAGCACAGAGAAGACGGGAAAGAAGGGCGACUCUUGAGAGAGAGCGCCAGGAAAGGGCCGCCAAAGCUGAGAUGGAGCAUAUGGCCAGCUUCCGUCGUGAGGAGGAGGAGAAGCUCGCCACCAUCCUUGAAGCCAAGAAUCUGGAGAUGAAGGAUAUCCCAACUGAUGGCCACUGCAUGUACCGUGCCAUCCAAGAUCAGCUGGUGUUCUCUGUGACGGUGGAGAGCCUGCGCUGCCGCACCGCUGAGUACAUGCAGAAGCACGUCGACGACUUCCUGCCUUUCUUCAGCGACCCCGAGACCGGUGGUGCCUACACCCGCGAUGACUUCAUGAGCUACUGUGAAAACAUCGUCCGCAGCGCGUCGUGGGGAGGCCAGCUGGAGCUGAGAGCCCUGUCGCAUGUCCUGAAGACGCCCAUCGAAGUGAUUCAAGCGGAUUCACCCGUCAUCAUCAUCGGGGAGGAAUACAACAAGAAGCCACUCACCUUGGUCUACCUACACUACGCCUGCAACCUGGGAGAGCACUACAAUUCGGUGAAGCCACUCGAGGCCGGCGCUGUUGGCGGCGGAGCCCCUCGACUUUUCUAG